AUGCCCUCUUUAUCUGCGAUGACCAAGACAAUUGGAGUGGCAGACGGCAUUGGAGGCUGGGCCAGGUACGGAAUUGAUUCCGGCGUCUAUGUCUGGAAGUUAAUGGACAACGCCGUGGAGUCGAUUCAACAACAACCAAAGGGUAAGGUGAAUCUCCUCAACCACACCAACGUCCCUUUCCCUCUGCCUCCUCCCCACAACGCCGUCGCUUCCGAUUCUUCAUCCCCAAUGGCCCAGGUUUCACACCAACCACCACCGCUGUUCCCUCCUUAUAAAAAGAAAAAGGAAAAACCGCCAUCGUCGUCAUCAUUCCCUACCUCCUCCUCUUUACCUCUUCAGCCCCUGCAUCGACCGCCGGUCACCGUCCUUUCACCAAGUAGUAAAAUUGAUAAUUAUCAAGCCUCCUAUUGCUGA